AUGGACUCUGAUGUAUUAAACGUCGUUGUUGCACUUGUGGUAAUAUUUGGCAUCUUUCGGUGGUGGUCAAAACCAGAUGCACAGACUUCGAAUGGUGCCACUUCCAGCCGCACUGUCUCGCUUGGUUUCCGGCCACAUAAUGUCACUCCGACCAUGAUUUCCACAGUGCAAUCCGCCUUUCCUCAAGAACCUCGUGAAAAUAUAUAUUAUGACUUGCUACGCACCGGAAAUGUUCAAGUGACCUGCAACAAGUUACUGGAGAAAGGUUUCUUGCCAACACCACCGCCUACCUUCUUUACCCUCUAUCCACAAUCUACUAAUGUCCCUGUUGCGCCUUUACGUGCUCAACCUGAACCUCCAGCGUCAGCCACACCAUCAAACCUCAUUACUCGUUUGGGACUGGAUGACAGGCUUUCGGAGCCUGUCGGCACCCUUCCAAAGAUUGAUGGGAAGACAACUUGGCUAAGCACUGCUGAAGAGCGGGAAGCAAGCCUGAAAGAGAGGAAGGCUCAAAUGGUUCUGGCCGCCAGACGGAGGUUGUUGGAAAAGCAGAAAGGGGCUCAAGCAGGUGAAGCUGCAUCUUGA